AAACGGCUACAUUUCUGCGCCAAGAAAUAUGAACCAAAUUACUAAAAAAAAGCCGUUUCCACCACUGCGAAGACCUAAAUGCAUAACGGACCCGAAUGAAAAAGCAAAAAGAUGUGUUUCAGAAAAACAAUAUGUGAUUGUAACUUUGAAAAAUAAUAACAAACUUGUUGUUUCUUCUGAUGGCUACCACGGGCUAAUAAUAGCGGGAAGCGUGUAUAAGUGUGUAUUUUGUAACAGAGAAAUGGACUUGGAUCAUGCCUAUAAAGAAUAUCACAAAAAAACCGCCGGUCAUUUAAAAGCUAUGACUUCUAAUCCAAAUAUGGAGGAUUAUGGAGAAAAUUUGAUACGAAAUCUCCGUGGCAAUGGUUAUUACUGCACAAUAUGUAACAUCAUCUUGCCAAAUCCAGUUGUAGAUCAACAUUUAAAGUCGGAUACUCAUACAUCUGAAUUAGGGAGAGCUGUUGCCAGUGUGAAUGCUUAUAAAGUGGUUUAAGACGUGCAAUAUCGAUUUAAUGGUUCUGUGAUCAAUAUGAACUCAUCUAAAUUACUAUACAUCUACUGGCGUUGGUCUAAGGGCCAAUAUUAUCAAGAUCAAGA